CAUUGCAUUGCAUUAUAUUGCAUUGCUUCGUGGAACAGAACUGGGCGAGGCCGGAGAAGAAGGAUCUCUGCUCACGGAGGCUGGUGUGAUCUCUCGAGAUGGCAGCACAGUGUGUAACAAAGGUGGAACUGACUGUUUCUUGUAAUAAUCUCCUGGAUAAAGAUAUUAGCUCCAAGUCAGACCCUCUUUGUGUGCUACUUCAAUACACAAGUGGACAGCAAUGGUAUGAGGUUGAUCGCACAGAAAGGAUCAAAAACAGUUUGAACCCUAAAUUUUCCAAGAAAUUCCAGAUUGAUUACUAUUUUGAACUAGUUCAGAAACUCAAAUUUGGGAUUUUUGACAUUGACAAUGCAACUGUUCAGCUGAACGAUGAUGACUUCUUAGGAGAAUUUGAAUGCACACUGGGACAGAUUGUUUCUAGCAAGAUGCUUACCAGACCUUUAUUGUUAAGAAAUGGCAAACCUGCAGGAAAAGGUGUAAUUAUGAUUAGUGCAGAAGAAAUAAAAGACAACCGUGUAGUCCUACUUGAAGUUGAAGCAAGGAAACUGGACAAUAAGGAUUUGUUUGGAAAAUCCGAUCCUUAUUUGGAAUUUCACAAGCAAACAUCUGAAGGAAAAUGGGUGAUGGUCCAUAGAACGGAAGUUGUUAAAAAUAAUUUGAAUCCUGUCUGGAGGCCAUUCAAAAUCUCUCUCAACUCUUUGUGUUAUGGUGACAUGGACAAAGCAAUCAAGGUUGAGUGCUAUGACUACGACAAUGAUGGAUCGCAUGAUCUCAUAGGGACGUUUCAAGCUACAAUGUCUAAACUGAAGGAAGCCUCUCGACAUUCACCAAUUGAAUUUGAAUGCAUCAAUGAAAAAAAGAGGCAGAAAAAGAAAAGCUACAAAAACUCAGGGAUUGUGAGCUUUAAACACUGUGAGGUCAUCACAGAGUGUACUUUCCUUGACUACGUCAUGGGGGGAUGCCAGUUGAAUUUUACUGUUGGCAUUGAUUUUACUGGAUCUAAUGGAGAUCCUCGUUCUUCAGACUCGUUACAUUACAUCAGCCCCAAUGGAGUGAAUGAAUACUUGUCAGCCAUUUGGUCUGUAGGAAUGGUCAUUCAGGAUUAUGAUACAGAUAAGAUGUUUCCAGCUUUUGGGUUUGGUGCUCAGAUCUCCCCUUCAUGGCAGGUGUCGCACGAAUUCCCGUUGAACUUUAACCCAUCGAACCCCUUCUGCAGUGGGGUCCAGGGUAUUGUGGAUGCAUAUCGGGUCUGCCUUCCUCAAAUAAGAUUGUAUGGGCCCACCAACUUCUCUCCAAUUAUCAAUCAUGUAGCUAGAUUUGCUGCUGCAGCUUCACAGCAGAGAACAGCCUCACAAUAUUUUAUACUCCUGAUAAUCACCGAUGGGGUGAUAACAGACCUUGAUGAAACCAGAUCUGCUAUUGUCAGUGCCUCUAAGCUUCCAAUGUCCAUCAUUAUUGUUGGUGUUGGAGGUGCUGAUUUCAGUGCCAUGGAAUUUCUGGACAGUGACAGUGGAGCUUUGAGAUCACGUUCAGGAGAAGCUGCUAUUCGAGACAUUGUCCAAUUUGUGCCAUUUAGACAGUUCCACAAUGCUCCCAAGGAAGCUCUUGCUCAAAGUGUCCUGGCAGAGGUGCCACAGCAAGUUGUGAGCUAUUUCAGCAUGUGCAAGUUGCAACCACCAAACAAGCCUACAGCCAAGCAAGAACAGCAGAAGCAAGCAUGAAUCACUCUGUGGGAAGUUUCGGUGCUUCCUGUCUGUGGUGUCCCUUGAUUGUGAUGCACAAUAAAAGCCUUUUCAUACAUUUUACAGAAAAGGUGCCAUGCUA